GAUUGGACCUUCUCAAUUAUACAAACAUGACUUCAUGUGAUGUCAGCUGAAUGUAAAAGACAGUGAUCUCACGCGGAGGGGAAGAUGUUUGCCAUCAAAAUGUGACAGAGGAGACAGGCUGCAUGGCUCGGAACGCAUCUCCUUGGCGGUGGGGGAAAGAGACUUAGAGGAGAGAGGCUGCGCCCUGGCCCAGUCCGCUACGGCUCGGCUCAGCGCGCCAUGGCAAGCUCGGCUUCCCUGGAGACCAUGGUGCCCCCGGCCUGCCCGCGCGCGGGAGCGUCGCCGGCCACUUCCAAGACGCUGGCCUUCUCCAUCGAGCGCAUCAUGGCUAAGACGUCGGAGCCCCGUGCGCCCUUUGAGCCCCGGCCGGGGGCACUGGAGGCGGACGGCGGCCAGGGCAAGAAAUUGCUCAACCUCUGCUCGCCGCUGCCCUGUAUGAUCCCCCUCCAGCCCCUAGGCUACGAGGUGCCGUCCAAGACGCUGCUCAGUUACUCUGAGCUCUGGAAAAGCAGCCUCCGGGCGGGUGGCGGCGGUGGUGGAGGAGGAGGAGGCGGCGGCGGCGGCGGCGGCGGGGGGGCCCCGGUGUGCGGCGCCAGCGGCUUGUGCAAAACCAACUGUGGCGUGUGCUGCAAGGCCGAGCUGGGCCUGGCGCCGUCUGCGCUACCCGCGGGCAGGGUCAUCAAGCCGCAGGUCAUCAACCAGGCGGUGGGGCUCCCGGCCAGCGGCUCGCUCUACUACUUCAACUACCUGGACUCUGCCGCGUACCCGCCGUCUGAGCUCCUCGGCGGCCACCUCUUCCCGUCCGGCCUCCUCAACGCACAGGCCCCCGCUGCCCUGGCUGCGCACCCCAAGCUCUUUCUGCUGGAGAAUGCCAAGUUGGCCGGCCUGGCCGCGGACAAGUUUCCCCAUCCAGCCCCCUAUACCCAUAAGGAGCGCUUGCCUGCGCCGCUGGAGCAGGUGCUGAAGGAGAACUCAGCCCUGACCGCCGAACGCGGCGGUGUCAAGGGCCACAGCAAGCUGCCCGGGGGCUCGGCGGACGGCAAGCCCAAAAACUUCACCUGCGAGGUGUGCGGCAAGGUAUUUAACGCUCACUAUAACCUCACCCGCCACAUGCCGGUCCACACCGGAGCCAGACCGUUCGUGUGCAAAGUCUGCGGCAAAGGCUUCCGCCAGGCCAGCACGCUCUGCAGACACAAAAUUAUCCAUACCCAGGAAAAGCCGCACAAAUGCAACCAGUGCGGCAAAGCCUUCAACCGCAGCUCCACGCUCAACACACACAUUCGCAUCCAUGCGGGCUACAAGCCCUUCGUCUGUGAAUUUUGCGGCAAAGGCUUUCACCAAAAAGGGAACUACAAGAACCACAAGCUGACCCACAGCGGCGAGAAGCAGUACAAAUGCACCAUCUGCAACAAGGCCUUCCACCAGGUCUACAACCUGACCUUCCACAUGCACACCCACAACGACAAGAAGCCUUUCACGUGCGCCACUUGCGGCAAAGGGUUUUGCAGAAACUUUGACUUAAAGAAACACGUGCGCAAACUCCACGACAGCGUGGGCCCCGCCGCGCCCUCCACAAAGGACCUGACUCGGACAGUGCAGAGCUGAGAGCUACUGCCUCGCCCUCCCUUCCAGCCCUAUCCAACCCCCAAACAGAUCACACGUAUAAACUUAUUUCUAAAAUUAAAAGAAAGGAGGAAAAAAAAAAAAGCUAUAGCAGAAAGGCUAAAAUCUAUUUAUCGAAACCAGCAUAUUUUUGGAAAGCUAAACGUUUCCUCGAUGACUGGCAGCAAACGCCUGGCUCCCACCUUUGUAUAUUCGGGAAACUUAUUUAAACCCAGUGCGCCGAAACGUAUUUAAUUCCAGGCCUCGGCUUCUCCUCGGGCGGCGGGUUUUAACCCCAGCCUGUCACGUGAACCUCCCGGAAGAGCGCGGCGCCCCCAGCCAUCUUUAUACAGCCAUGUAAAUUCUCCUGUACACAUGAACACGGAAUAUAUACAUAUAUAACUCAA